CGGUGACAGCUUCCUUCCAGUAUGAAUUGCUGUUGUGCAGACUGCAUGUGCUGCAUCAGCCUCUACCCUCUCAUUAUUAACUUUCCUUGUUUGUCAUCAAUCUUCAUUUGCUUCAGGUUGCCUUUGCAGAUGCUGCAGCAGGAUGGCGUAGGUUGUUCGUGGCAUCUCUAUGCCUUUUAUAAAAUAAUCUCUCCCCUACAGUUCCCAUUAUAGAUCAGAAAUUCUCCACAUCUAUGAAAAAUGCUGCUCGCCUCUUAAUGAGCCUUAAAUGCAAGCUUGGAAGUACAUAAUGUCUCAUGCUAAAUUAGGUAGGACCAAAGCUAUAAUCUACCAAGGCAAUAUUUUCUUAGAUAUAUCAAUAUAUUGAUCACAUGCUAAAUAACCUUAAGUAAAUUAACCUAAUAACAGUGGGAUGAAUGCCUUUUGUAAUUUUCUUUUUGUAACUUUUCAUUAUUUGGUGUCAAUCAAACUUUUCUUUAUUAGAAACUCAGCGGAGGUUUUAGGGUGUGCAUUAUUACAUGAUUUUGUUUCGUAAUUUGGUAUUAUUUUGACAGGUUGUUUAAGGACGUAAGAGCUUCACGGUUUUGUUUAGCUUAUUAUAUUAUACUCCGCAUAGUUCGGAUAAAUAAUAUUUGCAUGCAUUCAUUUCCAGAGAGAGAAAAAAACAUAACACCCUUUUAAAACUGCACAUCAUCAAUCGUGUAUAUUUAAAAUGCUCUUGCAAAAUGCAGUUUAAUGAAGUAACGGUUGCAUUCCAUGGUAGUUGUCUCGCCGUUCCGAAAUCGGAAUCCCAUUGUAUGUUCGCAAACAGGGUAAAAAAAUAAUCGGUGAUCAGCCUAAUUGCAAAUUUUCUGCAGAUUCUUUAGAUCAAAGCAGUUCGUAUCUCGGUUAGAUUUAGCCUCACACUUAAUAUGACAGCAAUAAACAGAUUGUCAUUUAAAUCCAAAGCAGGAGGGGUUUUUUUCCCCCGGUCUAAGGCAUCACAUUGCGAAUUGUAUCGGAAUGUAAAGGCAGCCGAAGUCUGUAUACGCAAUAACGUUACAAUAGUUGCUUCAGUGAUAUUUUGCUGCCAUUUUCGGAAUCUUUUUACUGAUCUGGCUCAGUAAACUGCGGCAGCUGUUUUUGCCUUCUCCAAAUACAUUUGAUUUCCCCUUACAAUGUCUAAUUCUGGUUAUAAAAGAAAGCACGGUUAAAGGGGAAACCUUUGCAAUAUUAUGCAACGACCCAUCCCCCCACCCCGAAAAACAAAACAAAAAUCAAAUGAACAUACAGCUGGGUCCCGCAGACUAGCAACGAGAUCGCCCUGCUCGGAGUGGAUUAGGAACAAUUGGAGCUUUUGUUCACUGUGCACUUCACGCGAACGGUGCUGUUUCCCGUCGCCUUUUAUUUUAUUUCCUCGAGAGAUCGCAUUUGCCAAUUAGCAUUUAUUUCUAAUCACGAUGCAAGCAUCUGCAAGACAACCAGCAGAGCAAAGUUGGUAGAACUGCCACCCGGCUCUCCCAGUUAAACAGGAAAGUUGCUCAAAAAGCGUCAUCCUUUUCCAAAAAAAUAACGUGGGGUGGGGGCGUCCAGUUUAAAUAUGGAUUGACAUACGCCUGGGUGUUGUACGUAAGGCACAGAUAACUGCGUGUAUGCAUCCAACCCGAUGUACAUACGCACAUAACAUAGCCAUACAGCCUCAUACGUGCCAAGAUCUAUGGUAACAGGCUUCCUGUUAACAUCCACGCUUCUGAUCCAGACCUCUGCUGAAGUGUCUGCGAGAGGUACUGCACCGAGCUGCGAGGUACAAUAUCCGAGGAAUUCACCGCAAUAAACAGGAAUAGCGAGCGAUAUAGUUACCCUUUGGUAAUAUAAUGGUGGCUCGUUGCUUCUCUAAUUGAAUCCAAGUUAAAGAAUACGUCGAAAUCUAAUUUGCCAACAGAGAGGUCGGAAGGAGGGAGGUGGGGAGAUAACUCUUGCAAGUAAAUCGGGUUAAGCUAAACGGAAUCGACAGCUUUUACGCCAACAUUUGGCUGCUGGUGUGAAUUGAUUUUUUUUUUUUAUCCACCGAUCGCCUGAUCAGACGUUUUUUUUUGUGCCACCACGACUCAGCAGAGUGUUAGCUCUUCCAGUGGACACCAAACUGAAAAACGAUCACAGUCGCAUCCCCGACCGAGAGAGAGAAAAAGGCGGCAAAGAGGUGGCGGAAUAUGCAGAUAUUGCAGAAUUUCUCUCCCUCCAGCACUUUGCGCUCUCCAGUCGGGUGGCAUCUGAAUCCAAACGCGACUGAAUGAGCCCGGAUUAUAUAGUUAUCGCCGGCGGGAGACAGUGACAUCGAAAGCCGGGGAACCGCGAGUAACCGCGAUGGAUUAGCAAAGCCUGAUUAUGCACUUGCUUAUUGUUUGGUUUUUCUAAUGCCUCUCUCUUUAGACAAAUACCGGGGUUGUGUCUUGCCUUCCUGUUGGUGGUACGUAUCCACUCACCCCGCUAUCCCGAUUGACAAACGAUUGUGAUACUUUCCGAGCUCGGAUCCUCUUUGCUUUAUAUUUAUACGUAAUUUUAAAACAAAACCAAGCCGAAACUGAUUUUUAAAUUUUAUUUUAUGCAUGUUUUAUAAACAAUUCAACUGAAGCAAUUCAUGACAUGAGAUGGGGGGCAGAUGCCACUGUUUGAAAAUGGUGCCGUGGUUUGUGUUGGUGCAAAUCAUUCUGGGGUUUGCCUGGGGCAAUACGACUACGGACCUUUGCGAGAAGAUGUGCUCAUGCAUUGAGGUGGAAGGUGUGCUGCACAUCGACUGCGAGAAAAGAGGCAUUACCGACCUGCAACAUUGCAGCGCGCCCACCUCCCGCUUCUAUCAACUCUUCUUGCAUGGCAAUUCGCUGUCCAAGCUCUUCCCCAACGAGUUCGCCAACUUUUACAACGCGGUCACUUUGCACCUGGAGAACAACGGCCUGCACGACAUCAUCCCGGGAGCUUUCUUGGGGCUGCAGUUGGUGAAGAGGCUUCACAUCAAUAACAACAAGAUUAAAGGUUUCAGGAGGCACACCUUCCUGGGGCUGGAUGACAUGGAGUACCUCCAGGCGGACUUCAACCUGCUCCGGGACAUCGACCCCGGGGCUUUCCGGGACCUCAACGCGUUGGAGGUCCUGAUUUUAAAUGACAACCUCAUUACCUCGCUCCCGGCUGACCUGUUCCAAAAUGUGCCCAUCACACACCUGGAUCUCCGAGGAAACAGGCUAAAGAUCCUGCCCUACGAAGGGAUUUUGGAACUCAUUCCCGGUGUCGCUGAAAUUCUGCUGGAGGACAACCCCUGGGACUGUACGUGCAAUCUUCUGCCCCUUAAAGAAUGGCUUGAGCACAUCUCACAUUCGGCUUUGAUUGGAAGAGUAGUUUGCGAGGCACCCAUGCGAUUGCAAGGAAACGACUUGAAUGAGACAUCCGAGUUCGAUCUAUGCCCCUCGCAGAAUGAAAAUGAUAUAAGUCUUGUUGCUCCUCCUGCUCAGCCGCCGUCAGGGCUGCCUCCGACUCCUGCUGCUCAGCAUCCACGGCCACCGACUUCAGCAUCAGUGCACAAAGGAGUAUCAAAGCCACGCGGAAACUGGCAACUGAGGACAAGACCUUCAGCCAAUGCAGUUGUACCUAAUGGCAGUAGCAAUCCCCAUGUAUUAACUGGAUGCCCAACAGCUUGUAGUUGUUCUAUCACCAAUGUUGAAUCAGGUUUUGAGGUUAACUGCAGGGGCAGCAAACUUGAGAGUGUAGCUGAUCUCCACCCAAAACCAUUAAAAGCACAGGAACUCUUUCUCAGACAGAACAAUAUAGGAAUCAUAAGGAAGACUCAUUUCUUGGACUACAGCGGUUUGACUUUGUUGGAUUUGGGAAAUAAUGCCAUUAAGUUAAUAGAAAACAACACCUUUUGUAAUCUCACCAAUUUGCGUUGGCUGUAUCUGGAUAAUAAUAACUUGGAAAUUCUGCUCCCUGAUAUGUUUGCAGGGCUUCAAAAUACAGAGUAUCUAAACUUGGAGUUCAACUUAAUUCAGUUGAUCCUACCAGGCACAUUUAAUUGGAUGUCAAACCUGAGAGAAUUGUUCUUGCAUAACAAUUUAUUGAAAUCUUUGCCUGUAGACGUAUUUUCUUCCGUCUCUCUCUCCAAGCUAAGUCUGCACACCAAUUAUUUUAUGUAUCUCCCAGUUACUGGAGUUUUGGAUCAAUUAACUUCUGUUGUGCAAAUUGACCUUCAUGGAAAUCCAUGGGAUUGUUCCUGUAAUAUCGUAGCUUUCAAGCUAUGGGUGGAGAGGAUGGGCACUGAUGUCGUUGUAAGUGAAUUAAAAUGUGCAUCUCCUGAAGAAUUUUGGGACAGAGAUUUUAAGUCGAUAAGCAAUGAGCUGAUGUGCCCAGAGUUAUAUGCAAAAAUCCAUCUAACGUUUUCCUCAUCCAGUAACAUUACCAUAUCAACAGAGACAGGGACUCAUGUGAAUCCAUACUUGGAGACCAGCAGAGUUUCUAUUUCAGUGCUGGUACCUGGCCUUUUACUUGUCUUUGUUACAUCUGCCUUUACAGUGGUUGGCAUGCUUGUGUUUAUCUUGAGAAACCGUAAGAGAUCGAGAAAAAGGGAUACCAACUCCUCUGCUUCAGAAAUAAACUCCCUGCAAACAGUCUGUGAUUCUUAUUGGCACAAUGGGCCUUACCAUGCAGAAGGACCUCAUAGAGUUUAUGAUUGUGUUGCACACACCCUUUCAGACUAGGCUUCAUGAAAUAAAAUAUUGAAAAUAUAGAGUGUGAUUUAAAGCAGCACGUUUAUCUGGAAAUGAGGUUCAUGCGUUGAAGGGUAAAGGCUCCAGAUGUAAAUAAUGUUACCAUAGGCUUCUGCUAAAAAAAAAAAUCUGCAACAGAAUGUUGAACUCAGCUUUCUAAUGAACAAUAAAUAGCAGACAUAUUACAAAAGUACAUAUACCUUUUAGAACUAACCUUUUUUUCUCCUGCUGUGAAACACAGGUGUAUUUCGGAAGUAAGCACUGGAAUAAUGUUGUUGCUAUCCUGUGCGCAUUUCAUGUUGAUAUUCCGAAUGUAUAUAACAAUUAAUCAGUUAUAUAAAAAAUAUAAAGAACAUUUGUUGUCAUUUGGAGAUAUGGGAGAAUUGUAAAAAGAAUACACAAAAUGGGGGGAGGGAGCAGUAGAUAACAGCAGUUAGCUUUUACAGUUGUGAAGUUGCACGAACGCAUGAAUGUAUUGUACAGAACUGUCUAAGUAGAAACAAGUGAUGCAUGUCAUGCAUGAACUCAACACCACGGGGAUACACUACAUAGCUGGAAUAAAUAGCUAUUACUAUGCUCCAUUCAUGAGUACUAAUUAUAUUCUAUGAAGUCACGUAUCCAGUAUUGAUCACAGUGACCUUCCCCUGUUUAUUUUUGCUGUGAUUAUAAUUGUGCAGUUUGUGCUAUUAUUGCUUAGAUAAGGUGUAAGCUGCAAGUUCAUCUUGUUUUGGGCCAUAUUUGUUCAUGCAUGGUUAAUAAUUAUUUAAGUUAUAUUAUGAAUUUUUCCAUGUUUUUGGUGUUAUUUUAUAUUUGCUAAUGCCUAUUCUCAUCAAAAUUUUAGUGCAGUUAUUAUGUUUUGUACCGUGGUAAUGAAAUUCAAAUGGCCAAUGGAAUAUUCAUUUUUUUAAACUUGGGAAUAAAUAAAUGAAGUACACUUAA